AUAAAACGCAGAUCAUUAAUAAUUUGUCGAACUGUUAGCAAGUAUAUGAAACAGAGAACAUGUUGUUCUAUGUGCUUACUAUAUUCAGCGUUGCAAUAUUUGAAUUAUCCUCAAGUGAAAAAUUUGAGUCUUCUCUAACUUCUUGCAAGCGAAAUUCAGAUGAUUAUAAUGUCUGUUUAAAACAAGCUAUACAGACGGACUGGCCACAAAUUGUUAAAGGAUAUCCAGAAUUUGGCCUUCCAUCUUUGGAUCCAUUAUUAUAUUUCAGAAACGCUAAAAUUGUAUAUAAUAAUGACAAAUUACAUGCAGAAGUAAAUUUUUCAAAUUUCACUUGCUUUGGUUUAUCGAAAAGUCAUUUUAAUAAUCUAAGGACACACUUUCUUCCUAAUAAUAUUUUUCGUUUGGAAAUUGACCUGCAAAUAUCGAAACUGUUGGCAGAUACUCUCUUAAAAAUAAAUGGUUCUCUAAGUAUAUUCAGAAUUAUUGGCGAAGGAGAAUAUUAUCAUGUCAUACCGACACUUGGAGCAGCUAAAAUAUAUUUUAAUUUAUUUCAAGAUAAACAGCUUAAUGAUUUUAUUUUAAGUUUUGUAAAUGAAUAUUGGCCGAUGUUAUAUCGAGAAACGUGGCCAUUGAUGUCCAACGUUUUGGAUUCAUUGUUAACAGACUUUGCCAAUAAGGUCUUUUCAAAAUUAUCGUUCUCACAAAUAUUUUGAUGACGUUCAUUUAUUUCACAUUAAAUAUUGAGAAAAAAUGUUAUUAAUUUGACUCAAUUUUUUAACUUGAUUCAAUUUUUUUCAAUUCAAGUAUUUAUGCAUUUAAUUUGAAUACAUAAAAUACUUAAACAUUAAUUCAAGUACUUAUUGAUUUGACUGAAUAUAAAUAUUUGAAUUGAAAGAAUUUAACUAAGUUGAAAGUUUUAGUAACUUUUUUCUCAAUAAAAAAACACUAGAGUCGUGUAAAUUACAUUUAACUAUAUAAACACAAAGGUGUAUAAGCUUUUAAAGUCCUUUAAAUGUUGUUUUUUAAUUAUUUUUUAUGAAGCAAAUAAAUAUUUAAAAAGUACUAAUAUCACUGCAAAAUUAUUUUUCUUUUUUUCUUUUUGUGUUUUUAGGUCUUAUUAAUAAUUUAUAAUUAAUAUACUAUAUCUAUAAAAAAACAUUUUCAAGAAAAAAGAAGUUUUUUGUCUAAAAGACUAUAAAAGCUUGAUUUAUUUUUUCAUAAAAGUAGCAAAUGUCACAGUUUGUUUGUCACAGUCUUAAUUGUUCUUAUAAAUCUUAUAUGUUUACGCAAUGCACUUAUCAUUCGAUUAUAUUAUAUGUUUCUUAGAAGAAGACUUGAUAUUUGAACCUAUGUAUAAAGUAUGUACAUGUAACCUGGUAUAACUAUUUUUUCCAGCACUUGACUCUUUGGACUAGCUAAAGAAUCUAUACUUAAUAAGACUUAAAAUAAUUCUUUCUUAUUCUUUUUAAAUAAUAUUACCACAUAUCCGCACCUAAACAUAGCAAAUGAGAUUUAUAAUCAGAAUAAAUAUAUAUAUUUAUUUAUAAGUAAUUAUUUAUGUAUGUGUAAUUUUUAGUAACUAGAACAACACAGGCGCGCGCUACGCGCGCGCUAUUUAGUUUUUUACUUUUUAAAAAUAACAAUUGCAAUAAUAAUUAUAUAAAUAAAUAAUUAUAUACAAAAAGAAAGGAAAAAG